CCCGAGGCGGGUGCCGCGGGAAGGUGGAGACAGAGGCGCGGAGGCCUGGACGGCGUGGCCAGGUGAUGUGGGCCCCUGUGCUCUUCCAGAGGAAAGGGAUCCCCAGAGCAGCCGUGACCGCAGGCUGCCCCCGUGAGGCGUUUUGACAUCAGCCCUAGGGACCUUGGGAAGCCCCAGUCGUCCUGGCUCCGUUAAAUGCCCCGAGAAUGCAGUGAUUUAAGGAAUUAGGCUCUCCCCGCGGGAGGGGCGCUGCCUGCUCUUGUGAACUCAGUGCGGAGAAAAAGGACAGAAUGAUGCUGUCCGAGCAAGCCCAAAAGUGGUUCCCAACCCACGUGCAGGUCACAGUGCUCCAAGCCAAAGAUCUGAAGCCAAAAGGCAAAAGUGGCACCAAUGACACAUACACUAUAAUUCAGCUGGGCAAGGAAAAGUAUUCCACCUCUGUAGCUGAAAAAACCCUUGAGCCAGUCUGGAAGGAAGAGGCCUCCUUUGAGCUGCCUGGAUUGCUAAUGCAGGGGAAUCCGGAGAAAUACAUUCUUUUCCUUAUAGUUAUGCACAGAUCUCUGGUGGGGCUGGAUAAAUUUUUAGGGCAGGUGGCAAUCAAUCUCAAUGACAUCUUUGAGGACAAACAAAGAAGGAAAACAGAGUGGUUUAGAUUAGAAUCCAAACAAGGAAAAAGAGUCAAAAACAGGGGUGAGAUAAAGGUCAAUAUUCAAUUUAUGAGGAACAAUAUGACCGCAAGUAUGUUUGACUUAUCAAUGAAGGACAAAACAAGAUCUCCUUUUGCAAAAUUAAAAGAUAAGAUGAAAGGUAGAAAAAAUGAUGGGACAUUUUCUGAUACAUCUUCUGCAAUCAUUCCAAGUACUCACAUGCCUGAUGCCAAUACUGAAUUUUCAAGUGGUGAAAUACAGAUGAAAUCCAAACCAAAAAAGCCUUUUCUUUUGGGUCCUCAGAGACUCUCUUCUGCACAUUCAAUGUCUGAUUUAACUGGGUCCCAUGUAUCUUCUGAGAAACUGAAGUCUGGCACUGUAGGUCAAACACAUCUUCUUGGACGCCAGUUAGAGUCCUUUGGAGCAGUUCCAGAAAGUGGAAGUCUCAAAUCUCCACACAGAAGAACAUUAAGCUUUGAUACUUCUAAAAUGAACCAACCUGACAGCAUUGUGGAUGAAGGUGAAUUGUCUUUUGGAAGACAAAAUGACCUAUUUACAAACGUGACUGCUUCAUUACCCCAAAAGUUUGCAACACUGCCAAGAAAGAAGAAUCCAUUUGAAGAAAGCAGUGAAUCAUGGGACAGUAGCAUGAAUUUGUUUUCAAAAUCUAUUGAAGUAAGAAAAGAAAAUAAAAGAGAGAAAAGGGAGAAAGUUAGCCUGUUUGAAAGAGUGACUGGGAAAAAAGAAAGCAGAAGGUCUGAUAAACUUAACAAUGGGGGAUCUGAUAGCCCUUGUGACUUGAAAUCACCUAAUGCUUUUAGUGAAAAUCGGCAGGACUAUUUUGAUUAUGAGUCAACUAAUCCAUUUACAACAAAAUUCAGGGCUUCAAAUAUAAUGCCAUCUUCAAGUUUUCAUAUGAAUCCGACAAGCAGUGAAGACCUCAGGAAAAUCCUGGACAGCAAUCCUUUCGAUGCCACUGCAGGGUACCGUAGUCUGACUUACGAAGAGGUGCUGCAAGAGCUGGUGAAGCACAAAGAACUCCUUCGGAGGAAAGACACCCACAUCCGGGAGCUUGAGGACUACAUCGACAACCUCCUCGUCCGGGUGAUGGAAGAAACGCCUAGUAUCCUCAGAGUGCCAUAUGAACCAUCCAGGAGAGCUGGCAAGUUCUCCAGCAGUGAAUAAAGCCAGCCGUGCUGCAUUCAUAAUUGGAAAGAGAGCAGGAGGGGCAGGGGAAGAGACAGAGAGAAACUUGCUACUGAAAGAGUCAACACUAUCAGGUUUCAUUAUAUAUACUCCUUCAUUGUGACAGUUAUUUUACCUGUAAAUACUAGCAGGGGCUAUCAGUAGUGACCUUUGAAGUGAGCAAACUACUUUAAACUUUUAAAGUGAUGUGGGCCCAGAUUCCUGUUGAACAGGAAUUUCCAUAGGAGUCACUUGGGUGCUGGCAUCGGCCACUAAUCUGCCAUAGGCCCAGAAAUAUCUUCACAAGUCCACGAAUUAGUCCUCAGGAAUAGAUCUUUCAUAAAGCAGAGGUGAUACUGUGGCUGGAUUCUCAGAAGUCAUUUUGUAGGCAUUUAGCUUCAGGAAUACUGCUUGUUAUCAACACUACUAAAAAACAGUUCAUGUUUUAUAUACAUACACACACAUGAAUAUAUAUAUGUUCAUGUGUCUUUGUAUAUAAAAUACAUGCAUAUACCUCACAUAAACGUGUUUUUAGAACAACUGGUUGCCUCUAAGGUUAGAAUAAUAAUUUCAGAGAUUGAAAAUGUGUAUUUGCUCUGUCGACGCAAGACAGAUCACUAGUGUUAAGGCUCAUUAUGGAGAAGCUGCUUCACGUCACUCGACUUUGUGAAAUGCAGUUUCAAAGUCAGCUGCUACAUAUAAUUCCAACAUCAAAGUUUAGCUCUUUUUCAAAAAGUAAUGACCUGAGUUCCUUUUUAAAAGAAUCGAGUUUUAGGACACUUGAUUAACUUCACAACAGCGUGAAUUUCUUUGAAUUAAUUUUUACCUAACAUUUGAGUUGUAUGCAAGGUAUAAGCAGAAUGCAAUUUGUUUCAUUGAAAUUCUGCCUGCCUUUAAAACACAACCAAGAAAAAUAUUAUAAAGAUAUAUCUGAAAAUAAUUUUUUGGGAAAAAUAAUUCAUCAGCUAGUGCCCAAUAAUCCAAAGCAAUGAACAAAUUCUAAGAAUGAAGAAUUAGGCUUGGUUUCGAGUUUCAUAAAUAAUGGAACAGAUGGUUGCCUUUGGGUCUUGAACCAAAAUAAGACUUAACUACAGGAAGAGCGAGGUUUAGAGCAGAUCGUUAACUAGCAUGACGUUACAUAUUGCUCGACAUCCAUACUUUAAUAAUUGAUUUAUCACAAAAUUUAUUUUCAGUUUACUCCCAAAACUUGAUUCAUCUAUAGAUUUGCUUUAUAUAUUUGUAUAACAUUACUCUGAAGGGCAAUAAUGCAAAAAUUUGCUAAUCUACUUGCUUUUCUUCUUUAAAACUAAAAUACUAUGAAACAGAGUAUCUGUCUUUCUGAAUUUAAAAUAAAAAGUUUGUCUGUAUAUGGAGGCUAAUACAUUCCCCAAUCCUUUCAUGAAUUACAUUUGUAUAAUGUUCAGGCUUUAUUGAAUGUUAAAAAGCAGUUAUAAUAGUUUUGCUUAUUUUAAUAUUUUGAAUCAGAAUCCUUGCCAAACUUAGAUUCCUAAACCAAAAUCCCUUGUUUUCUUAGUUACCUUAGUUUUCCUAUGAGAAUAUGCAUUUUAAAAUUGUGAAAAUUUUUUCCCAAGCACAAAAAUUAAAUACUUUUCUACAAUUAAGAAACUAGGAAGGAAAAAUAACUUCCUUCCACUCAUAAUUAAAGUUCUGUAAUGCACCUCAAAAUCUAGUGUGGGAUUUUAUUUCCCCAUUUGAGGUCUGAGUAAUUAUUUUUUAACAUGGUGCCAUUUGAAAUUACUAAAUGUUACAAAGUUCUUAGCAUUUUUUUCUUAAUAGUGUUACUGAGGCCUAAACAUUUUAAAAUACCAAAAUUAUGCAUUUUCAGUAUUAUGACAAUUACCUGCAGAUAUCUUAAUACACUUUAGUCAGAUUUGUUCUUUGUAGAAUGAGCCAAGAUGUUAUUUUUGUACUGGGGGGAUGUGUUUUCCAUAAUGCUCAUUUAAAAUGAUGGUUCAGUUACAGCUGCUCUUUUUUAUGAGAAAAUUUAUUUUUAAAGAGUAAUUCUUUGUCUCUAAUAAAAUGGUUAAAGAAUAGACUUAUCUAUGCAUGAAUGAUUGGCCACAACUGAAUCAAUAUUUUUAUGUUCAAAAUGUUAUACAGGUAUUGUAUUUAAAACCAAAUCUGUAUUUACCAUUGCUUGCAAAUGUUCAGUUCCAAUGUUUAUGAAUUUUCACUCAUGACCCAGAGUAUAAACUUACUACUAUUUUCAUAAUCAGUCAGUAUAACAAACUAAAGAAAA